AUGGUGAUGUCCUUGACUGAAAAACGCUACUUACAAGAAAGUCUGCUUUCGAAGCCACCAGUGCGCCCAGAUGGCAGAAACGCUGAGCAAUUUAGACCCAUCGAGAUAUUUACCGACUUCUUACCCACCUCCAACGGGUCUUCUAAAAUUGUGGCCAGUGAUGGUACCGAGUGCGUUGUAAGCGUUAAAUGCAAAGUUGUUGACCACGCAAUUGAAAAAGAUUUGAUUGUAGUGGACGUAGAUAUCGCAGGCCGUCGAGACGAUUCCCCACUAGUUCAAGAGAUUUCGUCUAUUCUUAAUAGAGUUCUCCUGUUACAGACUGACCAAGAGCAGCUGCGGCUUACGAAAAAAUACAGCUUUAAACUGUACAUAGAUGUCCUGGUACUGUCAAGCUAUUCGCAUCCACUGACACUGAUCUCUUUUGCCAUUUACUCGGCUCUCAACUGCACACAACUACCAACUUUGAUCUCAAGUAAGGACGAUCUAGAUGUUGCAGAGCUGCCUACUUUUCACGACUAUGAUAUGACAGAGCUGAAUAUUGCUGUUCCAAUAAUGUUUACGCUCGCGAUAUGUGGCCAAAACGUUAUAGUGGAUCCAGCUUCUAGUGAGAGUGAUGUUGCUAGCAACGGAAUUCUCGUAACGUGGUAUAACGACAAGGUAGCAGCCCCAGUUAGAACCAUUGGUCUAAACGAGGAGUAUACUCGCGGCAUAAAUCCGCAAAGUUUGGCGGACAGCAUUCAAUUAAUCGAGGCUUUGGCUCCAAAGGUUCUGGGUGCUCUGGAUUCUUGA